AUGGUCAAUUUUGACUCGCACUAUUCGGUUAUACAUUUUUAUGACAUGUUCACGCAAAAUAUUAACAAUAUGACUGAUUAUGCUAUAACAACAGACCAAGUGGCAUUUAUAGAACAGCCAACAACGCCGCAAGACAUCGAUGAAGGUCUCUAUAGUCGAAUGUUAUAUGUUAUGGGAAAAGAGGCCAUGCACGCUUUGUCGGGUUCUCAUGUCCUCAUAUCCGGUAUGCGAGGUCUUGGUGUUGAAAUAGCAAAAAAUAUUGUAUUAGGCGGUGUUAAAUCGGUUACUAUCCAAGACUGCAAUAAAGUUACACAUGCCGAUUUAUCAUCUCAAUAUUUUUUCACCGAAGAAGAUAUUGGAAAAAAUCGUGCUGAGAUUUCACAGAAGAAAUUGGCUGAACUAAACAGUUACGUUGAAGUUACUCAUUCAUCAGAAAAACUAAAUCCGCAAUAUUUGGAAUCGAGAAAGAUUAAUGUAUUUGUAUUAACCGAAGCAUUACUUGAUGAACAAAAGGAUGUUGGUGAAUAUUGUCAUAAACAUAAUAUUAAAUUAGUGAUAUGUAAUACAAAAGGAUUGUUCGGUCAAAUAUUUUGCGAUUUUGGUGAAAAUUUUCUAGUAUUGGAUACAAAUGGUGAAAAUCCACUUAUGCAAAUUGUAACCGAAAUUAGUAAUGAUAAUCCGGGUGUUGUUUUUCUGUCUUUUGAUAAACGCCAUGGUUUUGAAGAUGGAUCAUAUGUCACAUUUUCUGGUGUCAAAGGGAUGACCGAAGUUAAUGGAAAAGAAUUUAAAAUAGGUGUUCCAAGCCCGUACACGCUCACAAUUGAUGAUACAUCUAGUUUUGGAGCAUAUGCUGGUGGUGGAACAGUCACAGAAGUGAAGAAACCAGAAAUAUUACAAUUUAAAUCAUUUUCUCAAUCAUUAACUGAACCGGAUAUGUUAAUCUGUGAUUUUGCUAAAAUGUAUAUGCCUGGAAAUUUACACGUUGCAUUUCAAGCAUUAUGUGCAUAUAAAAUAAAAUAUGGUGAACCACCUAAACCAUGGGAUGAUAACGAUGCCGAAAAAUUUUAUGAAUUAGCAAAAGAAAUCAAUUGUAAAACACCUGAUAAACCAAUUACUGAUGAAUUAAAUAAACAUGUAAUGCAUUUAUUUUCAAAAACAUGUACGGGUGAUUUAUGUCCAAUGCAAGCUGUCAUUGGCGGAAUAGCUGCGCAAGAAGUGAUGAAAGCAGUUACAGGCAAAUUUAAACCGAUCAAACAAUUUUUCUAUUUUGAUGCAAUCGAAUGUUUACCAGAAAAUAUUUUUAAUCCACCAUCAACUGAUUCCACAAUAACGAUAUCACCAAUAGAAGCACCCUCCAUAAAAUUAGCAAAUAAAAACUCACGAUAUUAUUCGCAAGCCAUUGUAUUUGGUGAUGAGUUUCAACAGAGACUAGGAGAAUCCAAAUAUUUUGUUGUUGGUUCAGGAGCUAUUGGAUGUGAAAUGUUGAAAAAUUUUGCUAUGAUGGGUAUUGGAUGUCAAAAAAAUGGUGCUAUUUAUGUAACAGAUAUGGAUAGUAUUGAAAAAUCAAAUUUAAAUCGACAGUUUUUGUUUCGACAAUGGAAUAUUGGGCAAAUGAAAUCGAAAGUUGCUGCUGAAGCUGUUAAACAAAUGAACAGUGAUGUUAAUAUUCAUGCAUUUAUUGAACGCGUUGCUUCGGAAACAGAACAUAUGUAUGAUUCUAACUUUUUUAAUCAAUUAGAUGGUGUUGUUAAUGCAUUAGAUAACGUUGCUGCACGACAAUAUAUCGAUCAGCGUUGUGUUUAUUAUCGUAAGACAUUGGUUGAUAGUGGUACACUAGGAACAAAAGCCAGUGUUCAAGUUGUUAUUCCUCAUAUAACAGAAUCUUAUUCAUCCACAACCGAUCCACCUGACCCAUCUAUUGCAAUGUGUACAUUAAAACAUUUUCCCUUUUUAAUUGAACAUUCAAUUGAAUGGGCAAGAGAUUAUUUUGAAGGCGCAUUUACAAAUCCAAUCAAAUUGGCUAAAGAAUAUCAAAAAAAUCCGAAGGAAUUUUUAGAUCGUGUACAAAAAUUGACAGCUUAUCAAAAACAAGAUGAAAUCAAUACUGUACAGCGUAUACUGGGUCCAGAUCGUCCGAAAUCAUUCCCAGAUUGUAUCAAAUGGGCAAAAGAAGUAUUUCAAGUACAAUUUUAUAAUACAAUUGUACAACUACUAUUCAAUUUUCCGCAUGAUCAAGUAACAUCAACCGGUGAUCGUUUUUGGAGUGGUAAUAAACGUUGUCCACAUGAGAUUCAAUUUGAUGUCGAAAAUAAAUUACAUAUGGAUUUUAUUUAUACUGCAUCAAAUUUGUGUGCUGCAAUGUAUUCUAUUCCACAAAAUAGAGAUCGUACACAAAUAAAAAAUCAUGUAGCAACAAUUCAAUUGCCUACUUUUACACCAAAACAUGGUGUUACAAUACUUGACGAUGAUGAACAAAUGAAAGCAGCAAACGAAAAUCGUGAUCACGGUGAUGACGAAAAUGGAACGAUCGAAUUACCAGAGUUAUUACAAAAAUUACCAAAAUUAGAAGAUAUCUUAGAUGUUAAAUUAAACCCAGUAGAAUUUGAAAAAGAUGAUGAUACAAAUUUUCAUAUUGAUUUUAUUACAGCCGCAUCGAAUUUAAGAGCUGAAAAUUAUGAAAUUACUCCAGCUGAACGUAGUAAAACAAAACAAAUUUCUGGUAGAAUUAUUCCAGCGAUAGCAACAACAACAGCUAUGGUCACUGGUCUUGUGUGUUUGGAAGUCUACAAAUUUUUUCAAAAACAUAAAAACAUUGAAUCAUAUCGAAAUGCUUUUGUCAAUUUAUCAUUACCAUUUUUUGGACUCUCUGAACCAGUGCCACCAAAAAAAAGUAAAUUUCUUGACAAAGAAUUUACAUUAUGGGAUCGAUUUGAAGUAGAAACUGAUAUGACGCUUGAAGAACUUAUCGAAUAUUUUAAGAGAGAACACAAAAUUGUUAUAACUAUGUUAGCUACUGGAAUGACUGUCAUUUAUUCGCGUCAUUUCAUGAAGAACCCAGAUAAAGCUCAAGAUAUGCAUAAAAAAAUAUCUGAAUUGUAUGCAACUAAUAUAAAAGCGGAAAUACCAUCACAUGUAAAGGCGUUGGUACUGGAUGUGUUAUGCGACGAUUUAGAAGGAAACGAUAUUGAGGAUGUUCCAUAUAUUAAUUAUAAAUUUCGAUAA